AUGCAAGCAUUCCGUCAGGAGUAUGGCCUUCGGGGCACGGUGGCGGAAGCCACGCAACUGCUAUGGGAGUAUGUUCAUCUGAUGCCCGGGCAUUUUCUCAGCUUUUCCUACUCCUAUGACCACGGCUCGUAUGUCUGUUGUUGCGAUGCCAAAAAGUUUGAUGAAAGUGUAUUGACGUCAGAGGAAAAAUGGAGGACAUGCCUUUGCGGGGUCUACCUGUUGUACCAAGCAUUGAAUGCGGACAUGAUGAGCAUCCGGAACGGGGUGAUAUUCGUGUACGAGUGUGAGGGAUUUAGCCUCGGUAGCAUGAGUAUGAAAACCGCCCAACGACUGUGUACGGAGGUCUACGGCUCUUAUCCAACACUCACCAAGCAGAUGAAGUAUUUCCAUUCUGGCAUGGUCUUCAACGUGCUCCUUUCCUUUUGCAAGCAGUUCUUGCCUAGAGAUUUGAAAUCCAAAUUCGAAACCGGAAACUGUUUUGAGGGAAGACUUGACACCUAUUACCUCGUUCCCAACUUGGAAUCGUCACACGCACGAUUUUAUGCCCGAAUAUUGGAAACUAUCACUCGACGAUACCAUGAAGAAGAAGUCUUCCGACUGUGA